AUGCACGCGCACGCGCGCGCGCUCGCGUCGCCGUCGCCGGCGCACCGCGCGCGUGAAUUUUUCCUCGGUCGCCAUGCGUCGUCGCGCGCGUCGACGACGGCGGACGACGACGACGACGGCGAUCGACGCGCGCGCGGUGGUCCCGCGACGCGCGCGCGACGCGGACGAUCGUUCCUGUGCUCGCUCGCGUCGUCGUCGACGCCGCGCGCGGGCGAUGGGAACGGAAGUGAAAACGCGGUGACGUUCGACGCGCUCGCGCCCGAGGAUUACGCGUUUCGCGCGCUGCGGCGACGGUUCGAUGAUUUGGAUCGCGCGCGAACGGGACGGGUGACGACGGAUGAUUUGCGCGCGGCGUUGACCCGGCUCGGGGUGCCGUGCACGGAGCGAUCGAUCGAGGAGUUUAUGUCUCGCGCGGUCGAUCGAUGCGGGGUCGAUCAGGGGGGGGGCGAGACGGAGGAUGGGUUGACGUUUGCCGAGUUUGGGGAUUUCGCGUUGAGGCGCGAACGGGAGUUGUUGAAGACGUUUCGGACGUUCGACCACGAUCGCGUGGGGUACCUGACGACGAAGCAGUUGAAGCGGGUGUUGAUGCGGGAGGGAUACGCCGCGAGCGAUGGGGACGUGGAGGCGAUGAUGACGCGGAUCAAGGCUGGGGAGGGGGCGUUUAGCAAGGGGAAAGGAUUGUUCAACGCGGCGAAUGAGAAAUUCGUGACGCACUCGAGAGCGAUAGAUUUCGCCGAGUUUCGGGACUUUUUGUUGCUGUCCGACGCGAUGGAUACCACGCAAGCGCUGAGUGUGUGGUCGCGAAGCACGAUCGACGUCGGUGACGUGUCUAUGGCGUUCGCGAGUAAGCGCUCGGCGCGCCACGGAUCGAUGCAAGUCGCGAAGCACUUGCUCGUGGGCGCGAUCUCCGGAGGAGUCUCAAGAACCAUCGUGGCGCCGCUCGAGCGCGCGAAAAUUGAGUACAUGCUUGACUCGACGAAGAUCGCGCGCGACGGAGGAUUGAUCGGGACGUUGAAUCGCAUCGUGCGAGACGAAGGUCCGGGCGGUUUGUUUCGAGGAAAUACGCUCAACGUGUUGCGAAUAGCACCCACAAAGGCGGUGGAGUUUUUCGUGUACGACAAGUACAAGGAACACAUCAUCAACGGUAGCGACCAGACGGAACUCGACGGGCCUCAGCGCAUGCUCGGUGGCUCGAUUGCGAGCAUGUGCGGUACGGCUCUCACGCACCCGGUGGACACCCUUCGGUCGCGAGUGUCGGGAACGGGCAUGCUACUCGGCGAUUGCUGGAAACAACUCGUGGCGAACGAAGGAUACGGGGCACUUUGGAAGGGUCUAGGUGCGAACAUGGUUCGCGUCGCCCCUUACGGCGCGAUCAAUUUCUUCGUGUACGACGCGUGCAAAUCGCUCUAUCGCAAGCAGUUUGGCGACAAGGCGAAGAUGUCCGCCGUGCCGACGAUGUGCUUCGGCGCUCUCGCCGGUGCCGCCGCGCAGACGGGGGUGUAUCCGCUUGAAAUGAUUCAACGACGCAUCCAAGUCGCCGGGAUGAAGCAAGGCGCGAAGGUCGCUUACAAGAACAUGUUUCACGGAAUUUACGUCGUGGGAACGACUGAGGGAGUCGGCGCGCUGUACGCUGGUUUACUCCCGAACUAUGCAAAAAUUCUCCCCUCCGCCGCCAUUUCCUUCUACGUCUACGAGCUCAUGAAACAACUCUUUGAAUUAGACAAGUGA